AAAUAUUUAAAAAUAUUUUGUAAACUGUUAUAAUAUAUUUAAAGCAAUAUUUUUUUAUUUCCACAAUAGGAUAAUAUUUUAGAAACUAAGCUCUACGAUUUAAAACAUGUUCUCUGAAAAAUCGUGAAUUUCAAGUUCUAGCUUUGUUGCAGUUAAUGAGCGAAAUAUUCCGUUUCUCUCGUACACGAUUUUUUUUUUAUGUUUUGUAUUACUUUUUUUUGUUUUUAUUUUUUUUCUCUUCAAAACCUUUUGAAGCACACCGCUAUCAGCCUAACGGGAUUUCCUUAUCAUUCCAUUGCAGUACAUUGAUAAGGAAAAGAGGGACUAAUUGAAAUCAAUACUGCCGCUGCAUUUCCUUCAUCUAUAUUUUAUUUUAUAUAUAAAAUACAAUACAUAUUAUAUUAUACAUCUAUAUUGUAUAUAAAUACAAAUAGUAAUUUGUAUAGCAAAUUCAGGAUUUCAUAUCACAGGAAGAAUGUUUUGUAUUCAAGAAUAUAUUCAGUGUAUUCACAGAUAUAUACUAUCUGUGUAUUCAGAGAUAAAUUGUUUAUAUUUUUUUCCUGACACAUGGUUACAUGAAAUAUUUUAUAUGGGUUAUAUUGUGAUUGCAGUAUUUAGUCCAGAUUACUCACAGAAACAAAUAUGGACCAAAUUAUCUCUCUCUCUCUCUCUCUCUCUCUCUCUCUUUCUCUCUCUCUCUCUCUCUCUCUCUCUCUAUAUAUAUAUAUAUAUAUAUAUAUAUAUUGAUGAAUGUGCCUCACUCAGCUUUAGUACUCAGUACCCUUAAAUGUGGCAAAAUGUAUUAUUUAUCAAUAAAAAGAUAUUUAAAAAAAAAAAAAAAAUAUAUAUAUAUAUAUAUAUAUAUAUAUAUAUAUAUAUAUAUAUAUAUAUAUAUUGGGAAGACUUUAGACCUAUUGAUCCGCCAUUGGUAGACAAACAAUAUAACCAAGAAAUUCUAUUCAAUAUACACACAAUUGGUGAAGGAUCCUAUAAUGAAUAUGUUAACAUACCGGUUUAAUUAAUUAGUAAUUAGGUUGCCCAACUGGAAAAUUAAUUGUUUUACUUAAAUUUAUAAGGUUCAGUUAACCAUAAUCUUAUACUAAUAUUAGUAGUAAUAACUUUUAAUUAUGAAAAAAUUCUGAAGAGUUAAGAGUGGUUAAAAAAAAAGAAGCAUGAAACACAAAAAUUCAACAGUAAAAUCAAGUCCUUCUUUUUCCAUCUAUUUUCCUAUUUGUCUGUGAGCGUGAGGGUGCUUCUAACCACCAUUGUCAUGAGUUUCUGUCUCUGGCAAGGUUUCUCAUUUCUUCCAGACUCUUCCCUUUGCAACUCUUUAAUCGUUCUGUGGGAGAAAUAGGAGGUUAUUGGACAUCACCUUGGUCUUUUUCCCAACGGCCUCACAACCAUAUUUUGGAUUUCUGUAGAUUUCCAUUCGGCAAACAUGCCCAUACCACCUAAGUUGCCUUUCUUUCAGCUCUUCACUAAUACCCUCAAUCUGCGUAUAGCCCUUUCGUAUUUUUCCCACAAUUCCCCUGAGCAACUUCAUUUCCGAGGCAGUGACACGGCUUAGUAGUCUCUCAUCCAGCUCGUCGUUCCAUAGAGAAGUACUGCUAGGAAGAUUGAAUAAGUGAAACUUUGAAUCGUGUCCCACUUCCUUUUUUUCUGAUAACUAAAUUACAGAUCUGGUAGUAAACGGAGUUUGCCUUGGAGAUUUUGCUUGAGAUUACCGAAUCUACUUUACCAGAUCUACGGAUCACCGUACCAAGUGAAAUUUACCACCACCUCCAUCAACUCUCCACUACAAACAAUCUAGACAUCCUCUUGAGACAUACCAACUUAGAGGACUUCGCUUUUUUUGCAAUUAAUAAUCAUUCCCUUUCUCUUCAAUUCCUCAUUUCACAAAAAGACAAUCUCAUCCAUGUAUAUAAUAAACAGAAGAGUGCUCAAAGAGUCGUCUUGUUUCACUCCCUUUUCCAUGUCAAACAUUCCCGACUCCCGUCCUUUUAGACGCAAAACACAUUUUUGUUCUUGCUAAGUCGAUUUUAUACCAUUUAGGAGUUUUGCUCCAUUCCAUGAAGAAUGUUCUUUGCUCUUAAGGACUUCUAAACUUCUUUGCGGGGCACCGAAUUCGCUUUUGGAUGACGCCUUCAGGACCAAGAAUGGCAGAUAGACGUUCUUGUUAUUGGCCCAGGACAUCUCUAUUACAUUCCGGGGGGAAGGGGUAAAAAUCUGGUCUUGCUUUUGCCUGUUAGACCUAAAAGCACUUUGUUCUGGGUUAGAACAUUUUGAUUUUGUAACUUAUCAAAACUCGUUCACAAUUUUCUUAAUAAAAUAACCUCAUCAAUCUGCUAAGAAGAAGUGGAUUAAGGCUACCUUGGGUAAAGCAUCGAUCUUGGUGGUCCCACCUCUGCUAUUCGGCGUACGAUAUCCUGCUCUUCACAAUCGGCUUGUAUCAGUUUGUGUGUUCUGCAUGCAGUAUCAUAUUGGUACCCACUUUUCAGGACAUGUGCACGCUGGGUAUAGUGACUUCUGUCCUUGCUACUGGUGGAUCCAUCACGCUCUUCUACUUCUUUUAUCAAAAUCGUCUGGAGAAGUUCACAGACAACUGGAACUCCUUGAACGAGAACAUCCUCAAAAGUAACUUGGACAGCAAAGAGUUCUUCCGCCAAAUGUUCCUCCAGGUCGCUAAGAACAACGAGUCCUUCACCAAGACGAUCCUCUUCGUCGUCUUCUGGACUCCGAUCAUCUACUGCUCACCAGUUCCGGUUGUCGAUGCCAUCAAGCAGUCCUACAGGACGAACCUCCCCUUACCGAUACUCUACCCCUACGACGACCGCCAGGCCGGAUUGUACGAGAUGACUUUCUUCUUGCACAUGAUGGGUCUUGUGAUAUCAGUAAUGAAGAAGUUCGGUAACGACUGCUUCUUCUUAUCUCUCUUCAAGAUACAUAGGACAUACUUGAGAUAUCUGUCUGUUUCAAUCAGAAGUGAAGGAGAAAAGUUUAAAAAAAACAGCAACCAACUUAUCAAACAGAAACUCAUAUCCUGGAUAAAAAUACAUCAACAGAUUAUAAAGAAUAUACAAGACCUUAUAAUAUUGUACACCCCAAUUAUUAUUGUAUAUCAUGUCAACCUCAUCUGUAUUGUGGUUUUUGGCCUAUUUACACAAAUAAAGAACGAUAGAGACAGCUCUGUUCAACGUAUAGGAACUGCAAUGUUCUGUGCCGUAAAUAUUUUUCAGCUUUAUAUGCAAUGUUCAUCUGCAGAAGAAUUAAGCAUUGAGGCUGAAAGGGUAGCAGAUGAAAUUUACAACACACCUUGGAAUGAAGUGGAUGAAAACAACGCCGAAAUCAUUAGGCUAGUCUUGAAGAUCGCCAACAGACCGAUUGAAGUGACUGCGUUCAAAGCUCCUACAUUCCUACUUAAUAAACAAUCAUUUGUCACGUUUGUAGUGAACACAAUCAGGGCUUUCAUGACAUUCAGCAAAAUGAGCGAUCUUCGUGAUUGACAAUCCAAAAUGAGGUUUUGCCAAAAAACAGAAGAAUAG